AUGGCAGCUCAGAAGCCGCUCAGCACCACUGCCGCAGAGCGCAUGAACCUUGUGGCCCAGGACGAGAUCUGCCACCUGAGCAUCUGGGAUGACAGGCCCCUGGCUCACCUCAUAAACUCCCUAGUGACCAUCUCUGUGACUUUUGUGUCCUUUAACACCCUUCUCUCCUGCUCCAUCCCCACUCCUAUCCCCUGCAGACCAGCCAGUGUGCAGGACACAGAGGCAAGCAGUUCUCCACACAUUAGAGGUUCUCACGAGGCCCUUCUGAGUGUCGCCUCCCACUUAGUGUUUCUUUUUCUCAGGAGAUACCGUCUGAAGGCUGAAUAUAAAGCCCAGGAAGAAUGGCCGAUGAAGUGGGGAUAUUUGAUGACCUCCAUGGAGAAGCUGCUGGAAGGUGAAGAACCACGUACUCCAAAGCCCAAGAUCGAGCUGCCCAGCCACUUCCGUGUCCGGCCAGUGAGCCCCAUGGACAAAUACAUCAAGAUCCUUCCAUCACCUCCAAUCCCAAAGACCACCCAGAGCUUCAUUGGAUGGCGAUCUGGGGUGCCAGGCCUGAACAAGUGCUUGGAGCAUGACACAGAGAUCCGCAGCUGCAAAGGGGCUUACGCCCGAGAGCUGCACUGGCCAGAGCAAGGCGUGCACUGAAUGUCACCAUGGCUUCAGGUGGGAUGUGCCCUGUGCCUGGGUGAGCCUCCCCAAGGACAGCUCCCCACAUCUCUAUGGAUGUUCCGAAGGACAACAGUUUGCCUUAGGUGUUGUCGUUCAUCGGUGCUCCCAAGAUUCUUGGCUAACGUAAGGUAAAUAGAUACUCUGGUUUAUUUAUUUGUUUGCUGGUUUGUAUGUUUGUUGAUACUGUAGGAAUCUCUAACUAUGGUUUUGGAAAACAGUGAUUUAACUCUUAAGCACACUGUCUACCCGGGGAUGUAGCUCAGUUGGUAGAUGGCUUAUGUACAUGCACGAAGCUCUAACACCUCAGAAAUUGGAUAUGGCACCAAUCAUAACACUUGGGAGAUGGAGACAGAAGAAAUAAGUCCCAGGGCGUCCUUGGGAUAUUACAUUUGAAGCUAGCCUGAGUUAUAUAGGAUCUUGUCUCAAGAAAGGAGAUACUUUAACACACUGUCCAGCUUCAGGCACAGUGGUGCACGGCUGUCAUCACACACAGAUUCAAAGAUCACCUGGAAAGCAGAGCGAGCUGGGUAGCCUGGGGAACCCAGUUCUGAACAUAGAAAGUAAAAAAGGCAGCUAGAGGUAGGUCUGUGAUAGAGCGCUUGCCUCGCCUGCACACUACCCUAGGCUUAGUCUCCAGGAACCACCUGUGAAAAGCCGUGUCAGCUUCCAUGGCCUCUCCCACCCUCCUCUUGAUGGUGAGAUUACUUGCUGGUCCAGGUCUUCUGUGCCCAGACACCAGCUCCUCUUCAGAAGGAAUGAGAUAGCUUGAAGCUCUUUGUUGAGGUGUCUUCAGGAAGACCACAGCUUUAAAGGUAGAAACCAAGGCCAAAGCCACCAAGUGGAUUUCCAGAAGUCCCUUCCUGAGUUUGCUGAGCACACCUGACCCAUUCAGUGACCUGGCCUCCCAACCCAGAUCCCCGGCCCUUCUGACUUGUGGACAUCUGUACCUCAGCUGACACUUUCUUUCUGCAUUCCCGCUGCUCAGUUCUGCAACUUUUCACCUGGACCUCCGGCAGCAGGUAGGAGAGCGGUUUCCAGGUGGCCAGAGAGGAAGAGCAUCAUGUGACAGAGAAUUAUGAACUGCACCCUCAAAAACAGACAGGCAGAGCUUAGGAACAUCGUAGGAGCUGUUCCUGGUCUAUGCUGACCCCAAGAUAGGGUUUUGUGUAGUCUAGGCUGGCACGGAGCCAAUGGACAUCUGAGGAUGACCUUGGACUUCUGCUCCUCCUGCCUCUACCUCCCAAGUGCUGGGAUUGUAGACGUAAAACACCAAAGCAGGUCUCUGCAGUGCUGGGACUAAAGUCCAGGGCCUCCUGCAUGCUAGACAAGCACUUAGCCACAGCUCCAGUCCUGGUGUUCAAUAUGCAGCUUCUUCAGAUCUGGGCUGAGCCAGCAGGGUAGCCACAUGUGGUCAGUCACAUGCUCCUCAAUGAAAUGUGUUUUCCUCCUGUCUAAACCGUGGGCAGGAAGGAGUCUUCAUGACUGGCUGACAGGCUGGGAGAGGCGUCACUUGGUGGAACCAUUGCUGAAGCCCAAGAGUCCCUUGUCUUAGGGAAAUUCAAGGACCCUCUCACAGUCCUGAACCUGGGCUUCCACCCCUUCAUCCCUCUAUCGCUCCCCAAAAGGGAUUUCAUGGCUGACAGGCACCCAACACCAGGGGACAGAAUUCUCUGAGUAUCCGGACAUCCCCAUACCAAGGGCGGGGAGCCCCAGCAGACAAGCUCCUGCCACGUGGGGACUUCCUCUUUCUGAGAGCCUCCAGGGGGAGAUUUGAGCCAGCAUCUGUCUGACUUCCAUGGUGCUGACUCCCCAGAGCUAGCCUCUUGAAGCUAGGGCCAGGCCUCCUAACCGAAACCUCAUUCCAGCUCCUGGGGGAUGAGUGCUCUGCCUUUCAGCAUCCUUCCUCCAGCCCCAAGGUAUGGUAUUCCCUGAGUUCCCCAGCCUGGAAGGGAGACUUCUCAAGAGCACAGCCCUUUGGGGUGACAACCCUACCUCUGAGUAUGGUGGCCAUGGUCAUCAUCCACUAUGUGUGAUGUCAGAGCCACAGCUGGGAAUGUCAUGGCUUUUAGGCCUGAGAAAAGACACUUGGGGUCGAACUGUGAUCCACUCCCAAAGAUUUGUCAAAGCCCCAACCUCCUGUCCCUUCAAACACACACUUAACUAGAAAUAAGGUCACUACAAAUGUAGCUAGUUAAACUAAAAUAAGCUCAUCCUGGGCUUCUGAGUCUCCCAAAGAGAAGAGCACACACACACACACACACACACACACACACACACACACACACACACACACACACACAUACUGCAUUAUAGCCUGGUAACCUCAGAAACUGGAUAACAUCUACAAGCCAAGGAUGGCCAGAACUCUCCAGCAGCUCACCAGAGGUGGUUAGUAAGGCUAAUACCCCCUCAGCUCCAGAAGGAACAUGCCACUUCAACCUUGACUCCACAUCUGUCCCCUCCACAAUAAUACAACUCCAAAGUCGGGCUGCUAUCCUGUGCAUCUGUGGUAUAGCCAAUGGGACGGGAAGGCAGCUGGCACACAGCUUCCUUCCUCUGCCCUCCUGGUUCACAGUUUUCUGUCUCCUGACCCAGCUGUCUCUCAGGAAAGUAGGCACAUGGUCCGUUUGGCUCUGGAGAUGUUCCCAACCACCCAGACAUUCAGCCUGAGGUAGACUGAACAAUCAGAUGCUUGGCCAAGCCUGCCUCUAUCCGAUCCGAUGUUUUGGCAUCUCAAUCAGUUCUGCAGGUGAGGCAUCUGCCCUUCAAGAAGAACACGUGCUUCUUGUGAUCAGAUGUCCCUGAAGUGAAGGAGAGUGGCCAGAAAAGCACUGGUUUGUCCCAUCUCCCCUUCAGCAAACUGAGGAUUGUGUUUCCAUGGAUUUCCAUACAGGAGGCAGUGCACACCUUGGCUGAGGAUGACCCUCUCCGGACAGGUGGCAUUUGCUCUAAUUCUUAAUCAAAAGAUGCAUCUGGGAGUGGCCUUCUUGUCUGUGUGCCUACAGCAGUUAGGCAACCAAAAAACCCCAGCAAAACUAGAUGGAAUUGUAGCCGGGGCUAGGGUCCCAUUAGCAGGGCACUUGCCCAGUGUGCACCAAGUCCCAGAUUCUGUCCCUACCACUGUGUGGUGCCUCACAUCUGAAUCCCAGCACUUGGGAGGCAGGAGGAACAGGAUUUCAAGGUCAUCCUUGGCUAUGUAGUGAGUUUGAGGUCAGCCUGAGCUACAUGAAACCCCCUCUUAAAAGGGGAGGGCUCUUGGAUCUGUCUCAGUUUCCAGCUACCAGGAGACAGAGCAUCCACUUCAGACUCUUGAAGACAGCACCCACUAGACAGUAGCCAGGUCAGCAGAUGGGGAUGGUAAAGAUGAAUGGAUCACAGCACGUGAGACUUUCAGGAAAUGUCAGGCUCCAUGGUGGCCAUCACUGGGCUCACCUGGUACUUACAUCCAGUUUGCACCCAUGAGGAGGAAGAUGGACCCAGGUCCUUGUGAGGAGAAAGAGACUCAGGCCACAGCUGAGCCUUACGUCAGGCUUAGUCAUCCCAGCUGCUUAGGAGGCUGAAGCAGGAAGGUAACAAGUUCAAAGCCAGACUGGGCAAUUGAGGAGACUUUGUCUUAAAAUAAAAUUGAAAAGAGCUAGCUCAGUGGUGAAUCACUUGCCUAGCAUGUUCGAGGUCUUAGCUCCGUCCCCAGUGCCUGAAGGAGACCAGGCACAUACUCUCCUGCCCCAUUUGCUCCUGUCAACAUCUAGAUGGCUUCAUGUGUUUCAUUGUGUAGAGUAUGUGCGUUGUAUUUGUCUCUGGGCACAUGUGUGUGUGCAUGUAGAGAGCAGAGCUAGACAUUUAGAUUUCUUCUCCAUCGCUAUUCAUUUUACUUUUUGAGACAAGGUGCCUCACUAAGCCUAGAGCUCAUGAAUUUGGCUAGGCAAGGUGUCUAGAAGGCUCUAGGAAUCCUCUUGUCUCUGUUAGUGCCAUCGCCUCCCAGUUCUGGGUUUAUAGAUGUGCCCCACAGUGCCCAGAAUUUACAUGGUGCUAGAUUUGAACUCAGAUCCUCAUGUUUGCUUGGCAUCUUCCCAGCCUCUGCUUAGGUAUCCUUAGCUAACACCUGGGAAACCCUUGCAGUGGUGGGGGCUGUCUGCCUUAGGGUUUCUAUUGCCGUGUUAAACACCAUGACCAAAAGCAGCUUGGAGAGGAAAGAUGUUGUUCAAAUCUUAAAUGGUCUUAUAAUUGAAAAAACCCCGGUACUAGAUAUUGGGGUGAAAGCUGAAAGAUCAGAGAACCAGAGUAAGCCACAGCCAACCUCACCUCACCAACUCCUCAGCCAAUCCUGUUUCCACGAAUCCUCAGACUGAAAGUUUCUGAGUCCUCACCCGAAAGGCCUCAGCCAAAAAGAGCCUUUAGUUCCUGUCUCCUCACACCUUAUAUACCUUUCUUUGCCCUGCCAUAUUAUUUCCUGGGAUUAAAGGCAUGUGUGCUUCCAAAACAAAGGCAUGAGAUCUCAAGUGCUAGGAUUAAAGGUGUGUGCCACCACUGUCUGGCUCUAUUUCUCUCCUAGACUGAGUCAACCUCAUGUAGUCCAGGGUGGCCUUGAACUCACAGAGAUCCAGAUGGAUCUCUGCCUCUCAAAGAGUGCUAGGAUUACAAGUGUGUGCCACCACUGCCUAACCUCAAUGUCUAAUCUAGUGGCUGGCUCUGUCCUCUGAUCCUCAGGCAAGCUUUAUUAGGGUACACAAUAUGUCACCACAGAAAGGGUCUAUUUGCUCACAUAUCCUGGGUCACAGUCCACUGAGGAAAGCCAAAGCAGAAACUCAAACAGGUCAGGAACCUGGAGGGGAGCUGAUGCAGAGACCACGGAGGAGUGCUGCUUACUGGCUUGCUCCUCAUGGCUUGCUCAGCCUCUUAUAACACCUAGAACCAUCAGCCCAGGGGUGGUACCACCCACAGUGGGCUGCGCCCUCCUGCAUCAAUCAAUAAGAAAAUGCCCUAAAGGCUUGCCUACAGCUGGAGUUCAUGGAGACAUUUCUCAGUUGAGGUCUCCUCUCAGAUGACUCUAGCUUGUGUCAAGAUGACGUAAAACCAGGCAGCAUACUGUCUGUCUGCAAUAACUUAUUCAUCAACCAGCCACAUCUGUGCUCUGAUUUAAAGAAAUGAACACGAGCUGUCCCUCUGGGUGUCUUGUUUCCCUGCUCCACCAUCUGCCCCACCCGCUUCUCCUGGCUCCAGGCUGACCUCCAGCACAAAACCAUCUGCCCUGUGCUCACAGCACCCAGUGAGACCCAAGCUCCAAGUCAACAGCCCAGUUGAGAAUUGAAGUGGACAGUACUCCAGGAUUCAAUUACCCAGGACCGUUGCAAACUUGACAUUUAAUCUAUGGAAAUUCACCUCUUUGUGGGUGUCUAAGAAGGCCCAUAAAUGUCACCACACCCUGUAAAAUACCGUAGCAUUUCCAAGGUCAAGACGCAGCUGGUGAACCCAUGUGCAUGAUAUUGACAUCAUCUGGACUCAGUCCAAAGGAACAGGCUCAAAAUGCUGCCAAACAGGACUGAAUCAGGGACCCAGAACAGACCCACUGCAAGCAUGUUUGAGUCUAACAGAAAUUAGAAACACUUGUGUUGAGUUAACCAAAAAGUAUAAUGAACACAAGCUGAAAGCCAGAGGAACCGACUCAUAAGCAUUGUAACAAGGACAGAUGUCCACAAGGCCUCAGCAUCUCAGGUUCCCAAAGCCCCAGAAUAGAUUGCUUGAGAGAUUAUAAUGAUCAUAUUUCAGAGAUUACACAUACUGUAUGUGCAUGAUAUAAUCCCACUGGCAAGGUCUAGGCAUCUCCACAAAAUUAAAUUCAAUAAUUUUUUUUACUUUAUUUUUAAUGUGUAUGGGUGUUUUGACUGUGUGUAAGUCUGUGUGCCACACGCAUACAGUGCCCCUAGAGGCCAGAAAAGAACAUCAGAUUUUCUGGAACUGGCAUUUCAGAUGGUUGUAACCAGCCAUGGGGGGGGGCUGGGAAUUGAACCCAGGUCCAGUGGAAGAGCAGAAAUGCUCACACAGCUGAGCCAUCUCUCCACCCACCUUCACGUUGUUUUGUUGAAACUUAAAUACACCAACUCAAAUGAAGGCUCUAAGAGGCCAAAUGUCGGUUUGGUGGAGCUUUGUCCCCAAAGGGUCACUGGUGUCAUACUAAAUGAACAUUCCUGGGGUUUGGAGUUUGAAAUCGAUGAAAAGUUUUAGAAAUAAAAAGCUACUGUCCCAGAGGACAUUGUGGGAGUGAAUCUUUCAUAUCUGCCUGCCUUUAUGAAACUAUGCAGGGACUCUAUUGGUUGUAAAAGGAAGUAACCCGCCCCAAGCCAGUCGAGACACAGAGGAACAUAUUAAUUCCUAGGUGGGAAGCCCUGGGGGCAGCUAGGCUUCACAUGCAGUUUGACCAGGCUAUCCGAGGCUGUCUCUAGAACCAGGAUCUUUCCGCCCAGUUCCCUUCAGCUUGGUCUGAUUCCAGCUAUAGGAGACACAUCUCUGCAUGAUUAAACCUUGAGGAAGUUUCUUGGAUCCCAAAAGGAAGUCCAGGGGCACGUGGAGUGGCUAGCUAGUCUAGCAGCUCAUCUUCAAAGGUCUGGAUUUUUUUCUCUCUCACCUGUCCUGAUAGCAGCCUCCCCUGAGGAUAUAAUGUUGAUGGCCCCAGUGGAGAGAGUCACACACUCUCUGCUAACCGGUGGCAGUAAAAAAAGAAAGUUGCUUCCUUGUAUCUCUGAUAAUCCUCCCUGGGGGUCUCAAUGACUGGGGUGGCUCUCACCCCUGUUAAGGACUCAACCACUACAUUAUCUCCUUUGGGCCGACAACCCCUUCCCAUGAGGCACUGCACCUAUUAGUAGGGGAGAAGAAAGAAAGCAGAAGGAUCAGCAUGAUACUCGCCAUGGUGUCAGUCUCAGACAGGCUCACAUUCCUCAUGGUCACAAGAAGGCUGCAGCUGCUCCUGGCUUUCCUUAGUCUCAGUGCUCAAAGACUGUUUCCCAGGAUUCCCAGCUACUGUCUCAUUCACUCCAACUUGGGAGCACGUCCAUUCCUGAGCCAGUCAGUGUGGCCCACAAAAUGCUCAUCAAUGUUAGGUCUCACUUGUCUCUACCCCUAACACAAUAGAUGCCUUCACCCCCUCCUUCCAUCUCUUGCUCUCAUCCUCAUCCUCUCAAGGAAACCAUCUGCUGUCAUGUGUGCAUGCUCAAGGGUAUCUCCACAGAAUGAGAACGAAAAGAAACCACCAUCUAACAGCCAAGGAGGAACUGUGGCCAUGGCCCAACUGCCUGCUGGGAACUGAGUGCUUCCAACAGCCUGGUGAAGGAGCCAGGCCGCAGAGCCCUCUCCCUGUACCAGUGCACACCCACAGACACAAUUCUGAGUGCA